AUGGCUGAGAUCAAUAAUGAGUCGAAGAAUCAGGAUGUAAACGAUGCAAGUGAUUUACUGAAGAAGAAGAGGACGUUUAGGAGGUAUACCUACAGGGGGGUGCCUAUUGAGGAGCUUGAGACUAUGGCAUUCAGCGAGGUUGCCAAGCUUUUCCCUUCGAAGCUGAGGAGAAAGAUAAGGCGAGGGCUUUCUGAGCGGGAGGUGCAGCUGAUCAAGGAGUGUGCAGCGACAAAAGCAGCAUGUGUGAACAAUCUUGAUAAGCCCGAGAUGGUGCGUACAUAUGAGAGGUCUGCGAUUAUUUGGCCAUCGAUGAUUGGCGCACUUGUUGGGGUUCAUGUUGGAAAUGGAUUUAUGCCGUUGGAGAUCAAACCUGAGAUGGUGGGAUAUGUGCUGUCUGAUUUUGCGCCAACACGAGUUACACCGAAGCAUGGAAGGCCGGGGAUCGGAGCAAGCUCGUCUUCGAAGUUUGUUCCGUUGAAAUAA